CAAUAACUGGUAUAAUAUAUAGUCCUCUCUCUCUCUCUCUCUCUCCGGCCCGGAUUCUUUCUGUUCGGCUGUGCUGUGCUGUGCUGCUUGGGCAAGACAGACAGACGGACGCCGGAGGGAAGGACUUGGCGCCGUCUGCUGUCCUGGGUAUAAACUAAAGGUCGAAACGUUGCGUUUUGGUGGGCUUUCAGCUGCUACAUAGGCUUAGAGGCAAACCCAAAGGCUCUACCCCCGCAGCCCCCGUUGCCUUGAACUCGGAUGUCGCCUUCUAUGGCUCAAGGCGGAACCGGGACCUCCUCUCACUCCCCUCAGCUGAAUGGCUUCUCCUCCAGCAACAACCCAAAAGCAAACUCCUUUGCAAGGAGGCAGAAAAUUUCCCAACAGAGGAGGUCACUCCCGAUCGCUUCGGUGGAGAGGAGACUAGUUGAGGAGGUGAAGAACAAUGACACACUGAUAGUUGUUGGCGAAACUGGAAGUGGAAAAACCACUCAGUUACCGCAAUUUCUAUUUGAUGCUGGGUUUUGCCGUGAUGGGAAGACCAUUGGGAUUACUCAACCACGGCGAGUUGCAGCUGUCACAGUCGCCGGACGGGUGGCUGAGGAAUGCGGGGUUGAAUUGGGUCAGAAGGUUGGAUAUUCUAUUAGAUUUGAUGACAUGACUACUGGUUCGACAAGGAUCAAGUACAUGACAGAUGGGUUGCUUCUCCGUGAAGCAUUGUUGGAUCCAUAUCUUUCCCGGUAUUCUGUCCUCAUUAUUGAUGAAGCCCAUGAGAGAACUGUCCCCACUGAUGUGCUGCUGGGUUUGCUGAAAGAUGUCCAAAAGACAAGGUUGAGAUCUAUAAAUGGGAGAGAGAGUAAAAAUAAGAAUCCAAAUUCUAACAACGAGGAAGGUGCACAAUCGAGCAUCUUUAAGCCCUUCCAAGGCAGAAAGCUUCCUCCAUUGAAGCUAAUUAUCAUGUCUGCUAGCUUAGAUGCACGCAUUUUCUCUGAAUACCUUGGUGGUGCUAAAGCUGUUCAUGUCCAGGGCCGGCAAUAUCCUGUUGAGAUAUUAUAUACAGCUCAUCCUCAGUCUGAUUAUUUAGAAUCAGUCUUGGUCACUAUAUUCCAGGUACAUCUGAAUGAGGGUCCUGGUGAUAUCCUUGUAUUUUUGACUGGACAAGAGGAAAUUGAAUCUGUUGAAAGAACUGUUCAUGAACAGCUCCGGCAAUUGCCUGAAGGGAAGCGGAAUAUUGUGACUUAUCCUAUUUUUUCGUCUCUUCCUUCCGAACAGCAGAUGCGUGUGUUUGCACCAACUCCAGCUGGAUUUCGUAAGGUGAUUCUGGCAACAAAUAUAGCUGAAACAUCAGUAACAAUUCCUGGGAUCAAGUAUGUUAUAGACCCUGGAUUUGUGAAAGCACGAUCUUAUGAUCCCAACAAGGGAAUGGAAUCAUUGAUAGUUAUUCCAACCUCUAAAGCACAGGCUCUUCAAAGAAGUGGUCGCGCGGGACGGGAAGCCCCUGGUAAAUGCUUCCGCCUCUACCCAGAGAGUGAAUUCGAGAAACUGGAGGACUCGACAAAACCAGAGAUAAAGAGAUGCAAUCUCUCUAAUGUCAUUCUGCAGCUCAUAGCUUUGGGUGUGGAUGAUGUUCCUGGGUUUGACUUUAUUGAAAAGCCAUCCAGGAUAGCUAUUGUGAAAUCUUUGGAGCAAUUGUUUUUGCUGGGAGCUUUAACGGAUGAAUGUAAACUCUCUAAUCCUGUGGGGCACCAAAUGGCGCGGCUACCAUUAGAUCCCAUUUACUCGAAAGCAAUUGUCCAAGCUAGUAGUUUCAAUUGCUUGGAAGAGAUGCUGAUUACCGUUGCAAUGCUCUCAGCAGAGUCAAUAUUUUAUAGUCCUCGGGAAAAGUCAGAAGAGGCAAAAACUGCGAUGAAAUGCUUUGCUAGCCCAGAGGGUGAUCACGUCACUUUGAUCAAUGUAUUUCGAGCAGCAGAUGAGUUCUUGGAGAAGAGGAAAACAGUAACUAGCAAGGAUAAGGAUGACAAAAUUCUAAGAAAAUGGUGCAAGGAAAAUUUUAUCAAUAGCCGUUCUCUCCGGCAUGCCCGUGACACUUACAGGCAGAUUCGAGGGCACGCAGAGCAAAUGGGUCUUCAUUUUGCUUCAUGUGGAGAUGACUUGCUUCAGUUCCGCAGAUGCCUGGCAGCCUCCUUUUUCCUGAAUGCGGCUCUGAGGCAGCCUGAAGGUGCAUACAGGGCCUUGGCAAGCGGGCAGGCGGUGCGAAUCCACCCAUCUUCUGUAUUAAACCAGACAAAAGCUGACUGUGUAAUUUUCAAUGAGUUGGUCCAAACAAGUCAAAAGUAUAUCCGCAGUGUGAGUAUAAUUGAUUACUUGUGGCUGACUGAGCUGGCUCCGCAGUUUUAUGCAAUGGCGAAGUAAAGCCUUGGGACAGUGUAUUGAUCCGUUUCCUACCCAGAGGCACUGUGAUGGAAAUUCUUGUCAUCCGUCAAAUCUCAACUGAUUAUCUUCAAAAAGAGUGGUAAAUCUGAUUAAUGCAAUGCCUGGAGAAAUGAAUUUGUGACGAGGAGUCUUCGGGUAACAGUUGGCUGGAAACUUAUUGGUAGGAGAAUUGGGAGAACGUGACAAUUGGAAUUUUUCGAGCAGCACCUGCAGUGGGAAUCAAAAGCUCACUUUUGGGUUGUCUAAACAAUGAAUGUGAAGAGCUCCAUCUUAUUUAAGAUCGAUCCCAUCAAAUGAGAGCCGAAGAAUUUGCAGCUUCAGUUAGUUUACCCUCCCCCCGAGAACUUCUAUAUAUUUCUACAGGAUAAGUAGUAGGUCGUGUUGAAGCGGAAAUGCAAGUGUUACAGUUCAUCAAAUCGAGAAGGACUGGACCAUGACGAGGAGCUUGAAGCCCAUCCUGCAUCUGUUAUAAUUAUAUUGGAAGUGAUUAUUGAAUAGCUAUCCAAAGGAAGUAUGCUUUACUACACGUGACAUGCAAGAUAUGAGUAUCCUUUGUAUACCCUUCGUGACAAUAGUUGAAUAGUUUCGCCUUUGAGGGCAACAAAUUCUCGUCCCGGUUAAAGACGGGAAACUUCUAGAGAUCGGUCGAUUGCUGUCCACUGGUUCUGGAGAAGUGACAUGCUGUCGAUCUACGAAAUGGAAUCGAAUCUAACUGAUAAGUGCAUCUGUUAUUAAUCCUCUGCUGCCCGCGGCCGAUGCCGAUCCACUUAUGAUAAUAUUAGAGGCAACUGUUUCAUGGAA